GAAGAUAUAAUCGAAGCACCCCAUCCUCAUAGUCCACUUUCAUCAUCGAACCCGCUUCCGCCACGCUAGAUAUAUCGAUCGUCCGGACUGGGCCCACCAGCAGCACUCCACCGGCAGAGUGUAGUAUACCCCCCAGUGUCUAUACUUCCAUCCGAAUGGCCAUCCACACAUCGUCGGAGUCUCCUCUUAAUGAGGGAUUGCGGUACUACAUCCUUCGAGAGCCUGGGCACUCCAUGGUACCUCUCGUACCUGUCGAUCAGCUGCCGUUCCAGCUCCAAGGAGUUCCGCGGCAGUUGAGUCAUCGCGAAAUGUCAAAAGGACGCUGGAAGUUCAUCGACGAAACCACGGAGCCUCCAUUGCUUCUGCCAACCCUCGCCCCCGAUCAGGCAAACCUUGCUCAGACGUCUGCGUUUCCGCCUAGGUUCUUUGCUCCUGACCAUCACGUCAAGUCUGAAGCACCCAGCAUUCCAGCACAGUCUCCGAAGGGCAACAGGUAUCGACAUGCCACUCCGUCCGCAGCAGGCCCUCCGACGCCAGCGCCCGAGGGAGCCUCUGAGAUGGGUCGUUCCACUCCUUCUGCCGGCCCGGCCCAAAGCAUGUCUGUAACCGACACCAUCGCUUCCGUCUACAAACAGGAUGCCCAGCGUCACGCAUAUCGUGCCCCACCCCCGUCCGGCAUCGAGCCCGAUCCGUCGAAGAAAAUAUACUGCACACACUGGAUCUGGACCGGCGAGUGCGCCUACACCGUGCAAGGCUGCAAAUAUAAGCACGAGAUGCCCCCGGUCGAGAAGCUCCGCGAGCUAGGCUGCAAAAACGGCGUGCCGAGAUGGUACAAGGAGAAGAUGGCCAUCCAGAGCCGUGGCCCGACCUGGAUGCAGCUCCGCAUGAACCAAUCGAAGGACGAGCGCGGCCGAGCUGAGGCACCGGCCCGUCGAGAGUUUCCCGACCCUUCCAAGCUGAGCAGCUACAAGCAGGAGAGCAGGGAGAGCCGCCGCCGUUCCCUUAAUGGCGAGGUCCAGCACGCUCGCGGCAUCUUCAGCGAGCAGGGUCGGGAUGAGCGCGCGGAAACCUCGAAGUCGCAGCCGCUGAGCCCCAUCCCGGACCUGCUCAUCGACAUCGACGAUGCACCGGCUCCACCGUGCAGUCCUCAGCUAUCACAGUGCUCAACCAGGACCACCGCAUCUUCCACUGCACCUGCUUCAGCAUCGAGCGCCUCAUCCGUCUCACAGCCCGCCUCCCCGCGCCCAGCCCCAGCCGCUCCCUCCAAUACUCAGGAUAGGAAGACUCAAUCCUAUCUCCGGCGCCACUCGCAAAUCUCCUGGUCUUCCGAUGAUGACGACGACGACAACGACGCAGUCAAAUCCGCACAACAGCUGUCUCAGCGCAAGAACGGCUCCAAAAAGGGGUCCAAGCAACCCCCUGCAAAAGCAACUCCCGGAAAGACGACCGGCUUAGCUAAGUCAAAGCACGCUGAUCCGGGCAAGGAGCCCGAUGACGCGCCCGCGAAGAACAAGGCCACGAUGUCCCCCGAAACGCCGAGUCUCCAAACGCAGAUCACGGCACUGAGGCGCCGGUCCCGAGCGCUUGAGCUGCAGGGUCGUAUGGCGGCUCCUGAUGAUCUGCUUGAUGCUACGCCUUGUCAUGCAAUGCCGGUGGAGCAGAGGGCUGCUUUGUAGGACACGCGCGCAGCGGCAUCGAGUUGCGUUUGGCACCUUUCCGGCGGUGCUUGGUUGAUGUGACGCCAAGCAGACGUCCGCCCACCUCGUGCAGCUGGCGUGUGGCAUAGUCUAGCGAAAUAAUGCAUGGGAUACAUAGAAAAGACUGCACGUGGUCCGGUAUAGAACU